AUGGAGUCUGGGUUUUCUUCUUCUUCAAAGGGUUUCAUGGAUAUUGUGGAGCAACCUCAUGUUUUGGCUGUGGAUGACAAUGAUAUUGAUCGGAAACUUAUCGAAAAGCUGCUCAAGAAUUUCUCUUGCAAAGUGACUACUGCAGAAAAUGGGCCAAGAGCAUUGGAGUUCCUAGGCUUGGGAGAUCAUCCAAAUCAUUGCAAUGUGAGUUAAAGUGAACUAACAAUUGUCUCAAAGGUGAAUCUGAUAAUUACAGACUAUUGUAUGCCAGGAAUGACAGGAUAUGAACUGCUUAAGAAAAUCAAGGAAUCAUCAGUCAUGAAGGAGGUACCAGUGGUGAUUAUGUCAUCUGAGAACAUACCACAUCGGAUUAACAUGUGCUUGGAAGAAGGAGCUCAGAUGUUCAUUCUAAAACCGAUCAAACAGUCGGAUAUCAAGCAACUGAGAUGUCAUCUGAUGAACUGCAGGAGCUGA